UAUCAGCAAUUUGAAAGCUUAAACAAACAUAUGAUCGCAGUGCGAAAUCGGUUCGCGUUCGAUGUACACUCUCUAUGCAGAAUACGUUGGAGCGUUGUCAAGUUGGUGAAAGUAGCGUUUACGAUGAAUGAAGAGCCGAUAGUAUCAGUAAAGGAGGGUAAAUUACGGGGUGGUAUUGUUAAAGGUGUAUUGGAAACAUCCUACAUCGCAUUCAAAGGGAUACCCUUCGCUGCUCCUCCCGUCGGAGAGCUUCGAUUCAAGGAUCCUCAACCACCUGCGCCAUGGUCGGGUAUCAAGGAUACCUCGGAAAGUAUUGGGUACUCUUGUACACAAUUAGAGGAGCUGCCUCCUUACAAUGUGAUCGGGAAAGAAGAUUGUCUCUAUCUGAACGUUUAUACCAAUUCACUUAAUCAAUCAAAGCCAGUUAUGUUCUGGAUCCAUGGUGGUGCCUAUAUCGUAGGCAGCGGAAGCUAUAAGAUCACGAGACCUGAUUACCUUCUAACGAAAGAUGUUGUCCUCGUUACGGCUAAUUAUAGACUCGGUGCAUUCGGAUUCUUGAACCUGGGUCACUCGGUCGCACCUGGUAAUCAAGGUUUGAAGGAUCUGAUAAUGGCUCUGAAAUGGGUGAAGGAGAACAUCGCCAACUUUGGAGGAGAUCCUGAUAACGUUACCAUUUUUGGUCCCAGCGCCGGGGGAGCGUUAACUCAUUUCUUACUUUUAUCGCCACGUGCGAGAGGAUUAUUCCACAAAGCGAUCAUGCAAAGCGGACUGGUAACAUGUUCUUGGACCACGAACCAAAGCCGUCCGGAACGAGGUUUCAAGCUCGCCUCGAUCCUCGGAAAGGACUCCACCGAUCCUAUUGAAGUGGUCGAAUUUCUACGAAAGAUUCCCGCCGCGGAUAUCGCGAAAAGCACGGCUUUGAUUUUAACUACAGAGGAGACGCAUUCUUUUCAUCUACCCUUUGCACCCAACACAGAUGAGAUCGCAGAGGAUCCCGUUUUACCAUUACCCAUCGAUGAAUUACUUUCGACUGACGUUGACAUUCCUGUGAUGGCCGGUUACACGUCUCACGAGUUUAUCAUGUUCUUCAAAGACAAGAGCCAGGCAGCAAUGAAUAUUUAUAAUCAGUUCUUACCGCAACACGUGAAAAACUUAGCAGCGUUGAGGAAUUUGGGUCCUGAAGAGACCGAAGAAUUAUUGAAAACUGUCAAAGAAAAAUAUUUUAACAAUGAACCGAUUGGCGAGGAUAAUAUAGACAAGCUCGUAGAGUUUAUCGGUGACGUUUAUUUCGGUUACCCUGCGAAAUUGUACGCGGAGGAUCGAGUGAAAAGGACAUCCGCACCCACUUAUCUUUACAGAUACUCGUACGUUGGCAACGAGAAGACGGCUACUGAUUUGUUAGUUAAACGUCUCGUCACCGGAGCGUCUCACGUUGACGAGGUGGCGUAUCUAUUUUAUCUGCCACUUUGCAAGACUGAAAAUCCUGAUCCUCCAGCGCCUGGCAGCGAAGAUAGAACAACCAUGGAACGUAUGACUACGAUGUGGAGCAAUUUCGCUGGAACAAGUAAUCCAACACCAGUUCACGAUGAUUGUAUCCAGACCACCUGGGAACCAGUGACGAAGGAUAAGCUUUGUUAUUUAGAUAUCGGCGAUGAGUUGCAAUUGUUAACUUUCUCGUCGCAUAUAUUGAACUCUUAAGUAAUUAUUCGUGUAAGAGAAAAGCACGGUGGAGGAACAAGGCUUGGUAAUAAAUGAUACUUUUCAUAUGUAUUUUUCGAAA